AACACACUAAUGAAUUCAUGCUGCUCAACAUGGAUUGCUCCACUGAGAUCCACCAUGAGGCAAAUGAAGGUGCAGUGUGUCUGAAAGGCGGAUUUUAACGCUCAUCUGUGCGUCAGUGCGUUUUAUUGACACACCUGAACAGGAAGACUCGACACAAGACAGCACGCAUGCAAGAGGGGCUGACACCAUGUCUGUGAGUGAGACACAUUUCUCUAAAAUGGAUCAUCCAGAAGCUUCAGUUUUGGAGCUUACUUGCCCUAUCUGCUUGCAGCUCUUCUCUGAGCCAGUUUCUCUUCCCUGUGGUCACAUCUACUGCCUCGCCUGCCUUCAGACCAUGGGAGAAGGCCUCGACCAGCACAGCUGCCCUGAGUGCCAGGUGGAGUACCAGGGAACCCAGGCUCUUGUGAAAAGCUCCAAAAUGUGCAGCAUCAUAGAGUCCUACAAAGCCACUGCUGGGAAAGCCAGCUCCGCUGCAAACCCCUCUGAUGACGACCAUGUGACGAUCAAGAGCGAUGUCACAGAAGAAUCAAACACAAAACACCAGCAGGAUGUAGCAACACCUGGAGAAAGCCAACGGGAGAGCUCAGGGUGUGAGGGAAAGGAUAACUUUAAAACUGGGUCUGGAUGCACAGAGCAGUCCAUUUCUUUGGAUCAAGAGGAAGGUAGUAGCAAAGGCAGGAAGAAAAUGGAUGAACCUAAAUUCAGGAUUGCAUCUCAAGUCACAGAGUUGAGCCUCAAGCUGGAGAUGGCGGAGAUUGUACUGAAGAAGGAGAAGGAACUGGAGUUAGAGGUGACCACUGCUAACAGUCAGCUGAGAGAGAAAGCAUCCAGACUCUUAGGACAGAUAAAAGAACUGUCGCAGAGCUACUGUGCGCAGGUGAUGCAGCUGAUUGAAGAAGAGUUAGGUCCAGGUGAGGCCAGCACAGGCAAUCGAGUCAGUCAAGCUGCAGAGCUGACAAAGCAGCUUAGACAAGCCAUGCUCAGAGCAGAGUCUCUCCUGACUGAAGAUGACGAGACUGCAUUUAGUGAUGAGCUUCAGACUCUACAACCACACAUUGAGGAGUUAAUGUCCAAGCCUGUGGGCGAAGAGGAUGACCACGUUGAAUCAAAAGUCAACCCCGCGCGAGCCUGCUCCAAGCUGGAAGACAUGAACGCUGAGCUGAGGGAAAGCAUUAGAGAGAUUCAACACUCCCUUCGCAACACCCUCAACCCUUCAGAGGUGACCUUUGACCCAGAAACAGCCCACCCCAACCUUGUCCUCUCAGAGGACUUGAAGACGGUGACUUACAGCGCUGCCAAACAGCCCUACCCACCCUCUCCUCAGAGGUUCACCAACCUCCUCCAGGUCCUCAGCACCCAGAGCUUCUAUGAAGGCGAUCACUGCUGGGAGGUGGAGCUCGAGGGUUCUCCGUGGAUCAUCGGCGUGUGCUACAGUGGGAAACUAGCACGCAGUGGGACGCCCUCUGCUCUGGAGAGCAGCCGCAGCUCCUGGUGUCUGAUGUGGUUCAAUAACCUGCUGACAGCCUUUGAGCAAGGUCACGAUGUGCCACUGAAGAGGACCACAUUAUCACGCAGGCUGGAGAUCAGACUGAGUUUCAGGACCCACAGGCUGAGCUUCUACAACAUCAGCCCGGUCAGCGGGAAGACUCAUGUGUACACAUUUAAGGCUAACCUGACUGAACCAGUGCACCUGGCCUACAGGAUGAUGUCAGGGCACCCCAAAGCACGUGUCACUAUUUAUUCGUAAUCACAGCUGUAUUUCUGUCACCUAUAACCUAUAUAUUCUCAGUAGAAAGAGCAAAGUAAUAAUAUUUUUGAGACUUGAUUCUUAUGAUUAAAGAAGUUAAAGUCUUAGCUGGUGUCUCGAUAGAAGACACAGACUCGGAUUUCCUCAUUCUCAGGGAACUUGUUUCACAGAGUUCAGGAAUAAUGAGAGCACUUCCUGAUUACCUUUUGCCUAGUGCUUUGGAUGCCUUGUGCAAUUAUGUCUUCACUUCAAGUAAUAAGUCUACAUAGGCAUAAAAACAUGUGACUGUGUAUUACUCCUCGCAGUGUAUCUGAAACAUAGUGCUCAAAAUGAUAUGUCAAUAAAUUACAUUGUUUUCUCA